UUCCUCCACAAUCGCAAAGUCAGCGUUUCAACCAGAGUGCUGUAACAAUGGCGGAUAGGGUUUCUUCUUGUUUCCUCUUUGCAUUCGUUUUUUCCUUCCUCGUGUCUUUGCCCCUUCAGAUCUCUGCCGACGAGCCUGAAGGCAAGGAGUUCGUGCUUACCUUGGAUCACUCCAACUUCUCUGAUAUUGUCAGCAAGCACAAUUUCAUCGUGGUCGAGUUCUAUGCACCCUGGUGUGGCCACUGUAAGAAGCUUGCUCCAGAGUAUGAGAAAGCUGCUUCCAUCCUAAGUAGUCAUGAUCCUCCGGUUGUAUUGGCUAAAGUCGAUGCCAAUGAAGAAAAAAACAGAGAUCUCGCAACACAAUUUGAUGUUAAGGGAUUCCCAACAAUUAAGAUUCUGAGGAAUGGGGGAAAGGAUGUUCAAGAAUACAAAGGUCCUCGGGAAUCAGACGGCAUUGUUGAGUAUGUGAAGAAACAAAGUGGUCCCGCAUCAAGCGAAAUUAAGUCUGUUGAUGAUGCAACUUCUGUUAUCGGGGAAAAUAAAGUUGUUAUUGUAAGUUGGAUUUUCCCAAAAUUUUCUGGGGAGGAGUUUGAUAAUUUCACAGCCUUAGCAGAGAAAUUGCGGGCUGACUAUGACUUUGCUCACACCUCGGAUGCUAAAUACCUUCCUCGUGGAGAAUCAUCUGUAAAUGGGCCCGUAGUUAGAUUAUUCAAGCCUUUUGACGAGCUUUUUUCUGAUUUCCAGGAUUUCCAUGUGGAAGCUCUUGAGAAGUUUGUUGAAGAAACCAGCAUCCCUAUUGUGACGGUCUUUAACAAUGACCCAAGCAACCACCCUUACGUCAUAAAAUUCUUUAACAGUCCCAAUGCUAAGGCUAUGCUCUUUGUCAACUUCACUUCUGAAGCUGCUGAUUCUCUCAAAUCAAAAUACCGUGAAGCUGCUGAGCAAUUCAGACAAGAUGGACUAAGCUUUUUGGUGGGAGAUGUUGAGGCUAGUCAAGGUGCCUUCCAGUAUUUCGGACUUAAGGAAGACCAAGUGCCUCUGAUUAUCAUACAGCACAAUGAUGGAAAGAAGUUUUUGAAACCAAAUGUGGGGCCUGACCAAGUUUCAGCUUGGUUGAAGGAUUACAAGGAUGGUAAGGUCCAACCAUAUAAAAAGUCUGAACCUAUUCCCGAGGUUAACAAUGAGCCUGUUAAAGUGGUUGUUGCUGACAGUCUUGAUGAUAUCGUUUUCAACUCACAGAAGAACGUUUUGCUGGAAUUUUAUGCACCUUGGUGUGGACAUUGCAAAAAGCUGGCUCCCAUAUUAGAUGAAGUUGCAGUCUCAUUUCAAAAUGAUGCUGAUGUUAUUAUUGCAAAACUGGAUGCAACUGCAAAUGAUAUACCAAGUGAGACCUUUGAUGUGCAAGGCUAUCCAACUUUGUACUUCAGGUCAGCCAGUGGAAAAAUAUCACAGUAUGAUGGCAAUAGGACCAAAGAGGACAUCAUAGAUUUCAUUGAGAAGAACCGCGAUAAAUCUGAUAAGCCCGAUAAGCCCGCUCCACAAGCAGCACAAACAAAAGAUGAGCAAGCAAAAGAUGAGCUCUAAAAUGGAUAGCAGCUGUUAUUGCUCCAGUGAGGAUGGAGACCAUGUCAGUCACAUUUAGGGCCUUUCAUGUAGCUUUGCAUUAAACAUGUUAGUGAAACCUGGUGCCAAUCUCCAUAUGCCUGCCGUAAAUGUUGUCGGUUUUCUGUGAUCAUAUAUGUUCUAGUGAAAAGCGGGAGAUUUUUUUGGUAUGGAUGGGAGUAUCUCUGGGUAGUGUAGUUUAAACUUAAUAAAAUUUAUGGCUGCGGUAAUUUUGACUCGAAUUAAGUUAUGUCAAUUAUAUCGGUUGUGUUUGCUGGAUC